UCACUCCCAGCCAGCAGAUUACAAUGCUGCAAACUAAGGAUCUCAUCUGGACUUUGUUUUUCCUGGGAACUGCAGUUUCUCUGCAGGUGGAUAUUGUUCCCAGCCAAGGGGAAAUCAGCGUUGGAGAAUCCAAAUUCUUCUUAUGCCAAGUGGCAGGAGAUGCCAAAGAUAAGGACAUCUCCUGGUUCUCCCCCAACGGAGAAAAGCUCAGCCCAAACCAGCAGCGGAUCUCGGUGGUGUGGAACGACGAUUCCUCCUCCACCCUCACCAUCUACAACGCCAAUAUCGAUGAUGCCGGCAUUUACAAGUGUGUGGUCACUGGUGAGGAUGGCAGCGAGUCCGAGGCCACCGUCAACGUGAAGAUCUUCCAGAAGCUCAUGUUCAAGAAUGCACCAACCCCACAGGAGUUCAGGGAGGGGGAAGAUGCCGUGAUCGUGUGUGAUGUGGUCAGCUCCCUCCCCCCAACCAUCAUCUGGAAACACAAAGGCCGAGAUGUCAUCCUGAAAAAAGAUGUCCGAUUCAUAGUCCUGUCCAACAACUACCUGCAGAUCCGGGGAAUCAAGAAAACAGAUGAGGGCACUUAUCGCUGUGAGGGCAGAAUCCUGGCACGGGGGGAGAUCAACUUCAAGGACAUUCAGGUCAUUGUGAAUGUGCCACCCACCGUCCAGGCUAGGCAGACCAUUGUGAAUGCCACCGCCAACCUGGGCCAGUCUGUCACCUUGGUGUGUGAUGCUGAAGGCUUCCCAGAGCCCACCAUGAGCUGGACAAAGGAUGGGGAACAGAUAGAGAAUGAGGAAGACGAUGAGAAGUACAUCUUCAGUGAUGACAGCUCUGAGCUGACCAUCAGGAAGGUGGACAAGAACGAUGAAGCCGAGUACGUCUGCAUUGCUGAGAACAAGGCCGGCGAGCAGGAUGCAUCUAUACACCUCAAAGUCUUUGCAAAACCUAAAAUAACCUAUGUAGAGAAUCAGACAGCCAUGGAACUGGAGGAGCAGGUCACUCUUACCUGUGAAGCCUCAGGAGACCCCAUUCCUUCCAUCACUUGGAGAACUUCCACCCGAAACAUCAGCAGCGAAGAAAAGACUCUGGACGGGCACAUGGUGGUUCGCAGCCAUGCCCGCGUGUCAUCCCUGACCCUGAAGAGCAUCCAGUACACAGAUGCUGGAGAGUACAUCUGCACUGCCAGCAACACCAUCGGCCAGGACUCCCAGUCCAUGUACCUUGAAGUGCAAUAUUCCCCCAAGCUACAGGGCCCUGUGGCUGUGUACACUUGGGAGGGGAACCAGGUGAAUAUCACCUGUGAGGUUUUUGCCUACCCCAGUGCUACAAUCUCCUGGUUCCGAGAUGGCCAGUUACUGCCAAGCUCCAACUUUAGCAAUAUCAAGAUCUACAACACUCCCUCUGCCAGCUAUCUGGAGGUGACCCCAGACUCUGAAAAUGAUUUUGGAAAUUACAACUGUACUGCAGUGAACCGCAUCGGACAAGAGUCCUUGGAAUUCAUCCUUGUUCAAGCAGAUACCCCAUCUUCACCAUCCAUCGACCAGGUGGAGCCAUACUCCAGCACAGCACAGGUGCAGUUUGAUGAGCCAGAGGCCACAGGUGGAGUGCCCAUCCUCAAAUACAAGGCUGAAUGGAGAGCACUGGGAGAAGAAGCAUGGCAUGUCAAGUGGUAUGAUGCCAAAGAAGCCAACAUGGAGGGCAUCGUCACCAUCGUGGGCCUGAAACCUGAGACGACAUAUGAGGUGCGGCUGGCGGCCCUCAAUGGCAAGGGGCUGGGAGAGAUCAGCGCAGCCUCCGGGUUCAAGACACAGCCAGUCCGGGAGCCCAGUGCACCUAAACUCGAAGGGCAGAUGGGAGAGGACGGGAACUCUAUUAAGGUGAACUUGAUCAAGCAGGACGACGGCGGCUCCCCCAUCAGACACUAUCUGGUCAAGUACCGAGCGAUUUCCUCUGAGUGGAAACCAGAGAUCAGGCUCCCGUCUGGUAGUGACCAUGUCAUGCUCAAGUCCCUGGACUGGAAUGCUGAGUACGAGGUGUAUGUGGUGGCUGAGAACCAGCAAGGGAAGUCCAAGGCAGCUCAUUUUGUGUUCAAGACCUCGGCCCAGCCCACAGCCAUCCCAGCCAAUGGCAGCCCCACCUCAGGACUGAGCACCGGGGCCAUCGUGGGCAUCCUCAUUGUCAUCUUCGUGCUGCUCCUGGUGGUCGUGGACAUCACCUGCUACUUCCUGAACAAGUGUGGCCUGCUUAUGUGCAUCGCCGUCAAUCUGUGUGGAAAAGCUGGGCCUGGAGCCAAGGGCAAGGACAUGGAGGAGGGCAAGGCGGCCUUCUCGAAAGAUGAAUCUAAGGAGCCCAUCGUGGAGGUUCGAACUGAGGAAGAACGGACCCCAAACCAUGACGGAGGGAAACACACAGAACCCAAUGAGACCACGCCGCUGACAGAGCCCGAGCUGCCUGCCGACACCACAGCCACUGUCGAGGACAUGCUGCCUUCUGUCACCACUGUCACCACUAACUCUGACACUAUCACCGAAACCUUUGCCACUGCACAGAACAGCCCCACCAGUGAGACCACCACCCUGACUUCCAGUAUUGCCCCGCCGGCCACGGCCGCGCCGGACUCAAAUUCUGUGCCCGCUGGGCAGGCCACCCCUUCCAAGGGGCCCAGCGUUGCUGCCUCCUCCCCGCCCCCAGCUUCAGCCCCUAAGGUUGCGCCCCUUGUUGACCUGAGUGAUACCCCGACCUCAGCUCCUGCCAGCAAUUUGUCUUCUAGUGUCCUGGCCAAUCAAGGAGCUGUCCUCAGCCCAAGCACCCCAGCCAGUGUGGGGGAGGCCUCUAAGGCCCCUGCGGCCAGCAAGCCGACCCCCGCACCAACCCCCACCCCCGCUGGAGCAGCCAGUCCCCUAGCAGCAGCAGCCGCCCCUGCCACAGAAGCCCCCCAGGCCAAGCAGGAGGCUCCCAGCACCAAAGGCCCGGACCCGGAGCCCACCCAGCCCGGCGCUGCGAAGAGCCCACCUGAGGCAGCCACAGCCCCCGCUAGCCCGAAGAGCGAGGCUGCCUCCGUCAGCGCCACAAACCCUUCCCAGGGCGAGGACUUUAAAAUGGACGAAGGGAACUUCAAGACCCCAGAUAUUGACCUUGCAAAGGAUGUUUUUGCAGCCCUGGGCUCUCCUGCUCCCGCCGCUGGGGCCAGUGGACAAGCCCCUGAGCUUGCUCCUUCCACUGCAGACAGCUCUGUUUCGCCUGCACCAGCAAAGACCGAGAAGGGCCCUGUAGAAGCAAAGUCGGAGUCCCAGGAGUCAGAAACAAAGCCAGCGCCAGCCGAAGUCAAGACGGUCCCCAACGACGCCACACAAACAAAGGAGAAUGAGAGCAAAGCAUGAUGGGUGAUGAGCAACGAGCAGAAAUCAAAAUAAAAAGUGACACAGCAGCUUCACCAGAGCAUUUCCAA